UUCUGGAUGGAUUGAGAGGGAUGUGCAUUAUUAGGACUUUAACAAGUGUAUUUCCACUUGUUAAAUUGCUAACAACAUGAUUUAAUGUGUUGACAUCAUCACUUGGUAGCCUGCUAUGUGAAUGUACCAUGGCUGGUGUAGGAUAAACAGUUUUUUUUUCCACUAGAGCUUUUUUCAGAGAGAUUCAGAGAUUAGUCAGAAAAGACGACGUUAGUUACAUAACCAAUAAUGUUUUGAGGGUUAACAUUUUUUAUGAUGGUUGUUUCUUACAGUAGUUCAUUCUUGGGCUCCCCGGAGACCCCAGUCUGUAAUCAUUGUAUGUUAAUGAGAGUUAAACAUGAAGACUUUAUCUGUUUUCUGCAAAAGUCUAACAAAAUGUAGAGAACUGUAUAGACCAGCUGGGUGCUUAUUCAUCACCUCUGGGAACCUGACAGCCAACUCAUUGAACCCCAUGGUGCUUAUGUCAUGCAUUAAUUUUAUCGCACGUAUGUCCAUUAGGCUACCCUAAUUUCCCAGUAGGCUAUCUCAAAACCAUCAUAUAAUAAUUAACGCGAGACGACUGAGUGGUUAUUAUCCCUGCACGUCUGAUACCGGAGGAGGCGGUCACAGUCACCGUUGCUGCCCUGUUGCUGAAUAGGAGGACUGUUUUCCGUCGCAGUUUCAUAAGUGCAGCAGAGUGCUUGCACGGAGGAGUCAGCGGAAGUUUCCACUUGCCCUUUUUGAACCGAAAACCCGCUAAACACUCUAGCUGAGCAAUCGUCCGAACAUGGAGAGGACUUUGUGGCUACUGGCGAGUUGUUUGUUGUUUCUCGUUUCCUCCGGCGCUGAAGGGAAGCGCAGCAGGGAAAGAGUUUACUAUGUUGGGAUCAUUGAGGACACGUGGGAUUAUGCACCAAGUGGAAAAAAUCUGUUGAACGGGAACGACGUCAAAGAUGAUGAACAUGCUUCUAUAUUCCUGGAAGGUGGAGCCCACCGUAUUGGCAGUGUUUAUAAGAAGGCUAUGUUCCGACAGUACACAGAUGACACAUACAAGCACCUGGCCCCCCGACCCGCCUGGUUGGGCUUCCUGGGGCCCAUACUGCGGGCUGAGGUUGAUGACGUUAUCAUAGUCCACCUAAAGAACUUUGCAUCCAGGAACUACUCUAUGCAUCCCCACGGAGUUUUCUAUGAGAAGAAUUCAGAGGGGGCGCUCUAUCCAGAUGGAACGUCAGGCAAUUUGAAGAAGGACGAUUCUGUUCCUCCGGGAGGAAGUUAUACCUACCGCUGGGAGGUCAGGCCAGAAUUCGCCCCCACAGAUGAUGAUGCCAACUGCCUGACCUGGGUUUACCACUCUCACAUAGAUGCCCCCAGGGACAUUACCACAGGUCUUAUAGGGGCACUGCUCACCUGCAAGAAAGGAAUCUUGAAGGAGACUAAUGAACCAGUCCAGUCUCUCAAAGAGUCGGCCCGUAAUGAUGUGGACCAGGACGUCUUCCUGAUGUUCAACGUGGUGGAUGAAAACAUGAGUUGGUACAUGGAUGACAACAUUAAGAGGUGCGGUGAUCCAGCUGGCGUCAAACCCGAAGACCCAGAAUUCGAGGAGUCAAACCUGAUGCACGCUAUUAAUGGGUACAUGUUUGGUAACCUGCCCGGAAUUGAGUUAUGCCAGGACCGUGCAGUGGCCUGGCAUUUGUUUGGCAUGGGUAAUGAGGUAGACAUUCACUCUGCCUUUUUUCAUGGGAAUACGCUGCUGGACCGUGGCCACCGCACCGAUGUCCUCAGCCUGUUCCCAGCCACGUUUGCUACAGCUGAGAUGGUCCCAAAGUCAGGAGGAAAGUGGCUGCUGACCUGCCAGGUUAAUGACCACUUGCAAGCUGGGAUGCAGGCCUUUUAUGAAGUGAAGUCAUGUGGCAGUAAGGAGAGCUCCACAGGGAGGAGCGGCAUUGUGAGGAGUUACUACCUGGCAGCAGAGAAAGUCGAGUGGAACUAUGCUCCCUCAGGAAAAGACGUGAUAAACAAUGUACCCCUUACUGACCCCGACAGUGCCUCAGAAAUAUUUUUUGGCAGAGAUGAUGGUAGGGUCGGCGGUAGUUACAUGAAAGUGAUAUACAAAGAGUACACAGACGAUACCUUCACCACCAAAAAAACACCAACACCUGAUUCUGAACAUCUAGGACUCUUAGGUCCAGUCCUAAGGGCAGAGGAAGGAGACACUCUCAGAGUGACAUUCAUGAAUAAGGCUGAUAGAAAUUACAGCAUUCAGCCUCACGGUCUGCACUAUGACAAACGCUUCGAGGGAAGCAGCUAUGGGAUUGGUGUUGAUAAGCCUGGCUCCCACGUUGGUCCAGGGGAGAGCUUCACCUAUACCUGGCAGGUGCUGGAAGGUCCAUCUUCAUCUGAUUCUCCGUGUAUUCCCUACUUGUACUACUCUGGCACUCAUGCCGCCGAUGACACCAACUCUGGAUUAGUGGGACCUCUGCUUGUGUGCAAGAAAGGGACGCUGGGGGAGACAGGAAAGGAGAGAGGUGUGGAUAAGGAGUUCUUUCUUCUGUUUUCUGUCAUGGAUGAAAACGUCAGCUGGUAUUUGGAAGAGAAUAUCGAGAAGUUUGGCAACGGCAUGUCAGAUACUGCUGAUGAGAUCUUCCAGGAGAGCAAUAAGAUGCAUGCGGUAAAUGGGCUUAUGUAUGGGAACCUUCCUGGACUGGAGAUGUGUGCCGGAGACAAAGUUAGGUGGUACACCUUUGGGCUUGGUACAGAGGCAGACAUCCACGGUGUUUAUUUCGAGGGGAACACCUUCAAGAAGAUGAAUACAACCCGAGACACCCUCAGCCUGUUCCCUCACACCACUUCUACUGUCGCAAUGCAGCCAAACUCUCCCGGUGUUUAUGAGGUGAGCUGCAGAGUAACAGACCACUACUCAGCAGGCAUGAGGCAGCAGUACAAAGUGAACAUCUGCCCUGGACACAUGUUUAAGCACACACGCACAGAGCCGACCAAGAUCGUGCAGUAUUUUAUCAGCGCUGAAGAAAUAGAGUGGGACUUCUCACCUAACAGAGCCUGGGAGCAGGAGAAAAACCAUGGCACAUUAGAGGACAGUCCAGGCAAUACUUUUUUGGAGAAAGGGAAAGACAGAAUUGGCUCACGCUAUAAGAAGGUGGUGUAUAGAGAAUACACUGAUGAAACCUUCAAAGUUCAGAAGAAACGGCAGCAAAACCAGCAACACUUGGGAAUUAUGGGUCCAAUAAUCAAAGCAGAGGUAGGAGAGCAGAUCGUGAUCACAUUCAAGAACAAAGCCAGCCGGCCGUACUCGAUAAGCGCACAUGGAGUAAAGGCCAGUGGCGCACACGUUCCCGUCGAACCUGGCCACAUAAUUGAGUUGACGUGGGAUGUUCCUAAAAGCUCUGGUCCAGGGGUCUCAGAUCCUAACUGCAUCUCCUAUGCCUACUACUCCACUGUAAAUUUCAUUAAGGAUCUAUACAGUGGUCUUCUGGGGCCUCUGGUGGUGUGCAGACCCGGGACUCUGCAGCGAGGUAAAGGCCCCGACAGACAGAGGGAUGACGUGAAGGAGUUUGCUCUGCUUUUUAUGGUGUAUGAUGAAAACCAGUCCUGGUACUUGGAAGACAACAUCAAAAAAUACCUCAACAUCGACCCUGAUACCAUUAUGGAAGACGAAGGCUUUGAGGAGAGUAACAUGAUGCACGGGAUCAAUGGCAUGCUGUACGGUAACCUCCAUGGACUGGAGAUGACACAGGGCCAGAAAGUUGACUGGUAUCUUCUUGGCAUGGGCAAUGAAGUUGACAUGCACACCGUUCACUUUCACGCUGAGACUUUUACCUACAAGACGGACCGCGUGCACCGUGCAGAUGUCUUUGACCUCUUCCCCGGGACUUUCCAGACCGUUGAGAUGGUGGCUGGGAACCCAGGGACUUGGUUUCUCCACUGUCACGUGACUGACCACAUUCACGCUGGCAUGGAGACCACUUUCACCAUCAAAGAAAUCUCCCCACGUGUCAACUUUCAUGAUGCAUCACCAGGAACUGAAGGCUGCAUAAUGACUCUGCUGCUCUCACUGGCACUUGGUCUCAUGGCUAGUGGGCUAAGUUGGCUGCACUAAUGAAGGGAUUCUGACACUGGAUUGUAUGUGUGGUCAUCAUUAAGGCACUUAAAGAAAAAAAAAACAAAAUAGGGGAAAAAUCACUGUUGUGUAUGUGUUUGUGAGAGGUUAUAUGUGUAAAUAUUAAGCAAUUAUCAAGCCAGUAAAAAUACUGUAUAUCAAAAACUGUACAAUCAUGUAUAAAGGUAUAAAGUUCAAAGUUAUUUUAUUUACUCUGACUUAAAGAAUCAAUUUAUAUUUGUGGAUUGUUUCUGUGUUGCUCUUGUUUUCUGGCAUUUUGCACUGUUUGAUGUGAUUUGUGUGGCUGGCUUUGCAAAGCACUACUGAACCAAAUAUUUGAUUCCAGUUAUGAAUGUGUAAUAAAGACAUUUAUUCAGCUUUGCUGUGAUAUUUGUUUUUUAGUGAUUAUGUUCACUGUCACAUGUCAUUUUUCUAUCAUGUGCUAGCUUUACCAAGCACCACAAGGUGGCGUUAAUUCAAUUUGGAAAUAAAAAGUUGCCAAGAAAACAGGUCAAUGACUAUUCAUUUUCUUAUUGUGUACAGCCCUCCAUUCAACUAUUCUGCAUGUUUAACUUUAGCUCCCUGUGGAGAAUUGAAAAGUUAUUAUUUUUUAUUAAUUUUACAGUGAUGUACUGUUGUAAUUUAAUUACAUCUCAGACGAUUAAAUUCUGUCUUGAAAAUC